AACGUAGCGGAAUUAUUAGUACAAUGUUUCAGCUGCGCAUGGUUACAUUGGUUGCUUGCAGGCAGGAGCAGGGAGGGACAAGAGUCAAAGAGAAUGAGGUUGAAAAAAAAGCAGAAAGGGAGAAGACUCCCCUUCAGGCAUCCGAACAAGUCUGGACUGUUCUGCUGCGGCUUGUGUUCAGCCUACGCUAAGCAAGGCUGCCUCGGGAAUCAGAAAUAGCAUUUCCAGUCUUGACAGUCUCCUGCGGAAAUGCAGCGACAGUUCAGUUAUUGAUCUACAGUGGAUGAUCGUGGAAGUUGCCUUGUGCUUUUUUGAAACUGUGACACUGGACACUGGUGACUGGGAAUACUGCUGUGUGUCCAGACACUGCACGGAGAGCUAGGGCUGGAUAUGCCACAGGUGGAAAGGUGAGGAGCAGCAGGCUGUGGCCCGGUGCACGGAGCAGAGAUCCCCAGUAAUGUCACGGAGAAAGACUUCCAUCUGUGGUUUAACUCCUGGACCACAAUUAUUGAGAACAAAUGUCAGACAUCAAGUUGUGAAGAUGUGGAACUGGGUUUUCACUGUGACUGUCCUCCUGUCCUCCAUGAAACAGGCUGAAGCUCAGGGCAGUUGUAAUAAUGUGCAAGCAGCAGAUAUUGUUUUCCUGGUUGAUGGGUCUUCCAGUAUUGGCCGAGCUAACUUCCUGCAGGUGAAGGGCUUUAUGGCUGGAAUCGUCAAGCCAUUUGCCAGCUCUGUCAGCGAGUCAGGAAUACGGUUUGGGGCCAUACAGUACAGUGACACUUCCAGAGUUGAAUUUACAUUUACUACCUAUGUGAAUGGCACUGAGCUGGUCAACGCUGUACAGAAUUUGAACUAUAAGGGUGGAAACACACGCACUGGUGCUGGUCUCAAGUUUGUCGCUGAUAACUUCUUCAACCCUGCGUCUAGUCGGGAUGUCCCAAAGAUCACCAUCCUGAUCACAGACGGGAAGUCACAGGACAAUGUGCAGGAGCCAGCGCAGAAGCUGCGCAGUCAAGGAGUGCAUGUUUUUGCUGUCGGUAUAAAGAGUGCAGACAGGAAUGAAUUGGCUCAGAUCUCCUCCCAGCCCAGCAGUGAUUUCACCUCCUUUGUUGGGGACUUCAAACUUCUCAACACACUUCUUCCUCUUGUGAGCCCCAGAGUGUGUUCCAAAGCAGGAGGAGUCUAUGCUAGCGAUGAGGCAUUUUCUGGUCCGUCCAACAUUCAGUUCACAAGCCAGACAUCUGAUUCUCUCAGGUUUCGCUGGAGUUCAGCAGGGGGGCCUGUGAAUGGCUAUGUGGUCCAGUAUGUGCCACUCUCUGGCCUGGGUCAGCCUAUCACAGCAGAGCUGCGUCAGGAGACUGUGUCUGCCACUCAGAGGACCUUUACUGCACGAGAGCUGAGGUCAGGAACCGACUACCUGGUGACUGUCAUUGCCCAAUACCCCAACAGUGUGGGAGAGUCUGCUUCUGCCAAGCAACGAACCAGGUCUUUGCCAGGGGUUUCCAGUCUACGUCUGAUCCAGGCAGGCUUCUUCUCUCUCACUGUGGGCUGGGAUCAGCCGUCAUCUCCCGUCCAGGGCUACAGACUCACCUAUGGACCACGAGGUCAGCCAGCAGCUCAACUAUUGGAGCAGUCUCUGUCUGCAGACUCCACAUCUGUCACCUUGGAGUCACUUAAGCCCGACACAGAGUACGUCAUCAGCCUCUACCCCCUGUUCCCCCGAAACUCUGCAUCCCCAUCCAUCCUCAAUGCCCGCACAUUGCGCCUUGAGGCAGUGCAGCAGUUGUCAGUGGAGACGGAGUCAGAGGGCAGUGUGCGUCUGCGGUGGAGAGGCGUGAGUGGCGCGCAGGCCUACCGUCUGGUCUGGGGACCAUUUACAGGUCGAAAUGUCGAGACUGUGGAGGUUGCUGGUGACACUGACUUUCACACUUUGUCCAGACUGCAGCCCGACACAGAGUACAUCAUCACUAUCUUCCCGCUGUAUGAGGGCAACACUGAGGGCCCUGCAGCAACGGCCAGGUUCAAGAUAGAGCGUCAGGAGCAGCAGGUCCUCAGAGCAGCUACCACUGGCCCCUCCUCUAUUCGCCUCACCUGGAGAAUCAUUCAGUCCUCUCGAGGGUACCGCCUGGAGUGGAGGGAGGGGGAAGGAGGCCGUGUCCAGAGCCUGACCUUUCCUAGAAGUACUACCAGCUAUGCGCUAACAGGCCUUCAGCCCAACACAGAAUAUAUCAUCACCCUGUACACCCUGUUCGAGGGUCGUGAGGAGGCCACACCUGUCUCCACCACAUCCAGAGAGGAACAGCCAGUGGGGAGGGUGUCCAACCUGAGAGUCGUGGAGUCUCUGGGCAGUACUGUCAGACUCGGCUGGACGGGUGUAGCCGGGGCCACACAGUACCGCAUCAUUAUCCUGAACACAGAAGAGGGAACAGAGGAAAUCCGGAUUGUCCCAGGAAACCAGACGACCCUCGACCUCAGAGACCUGACAGUGGGAGUGUCUUAUGGUGUCAGUGUAACAGCACUGGUGGGAGAAAAUGAAGGAGACCCAGUUACUGUCUACAUCAAACCAGAGCAAGGUGCUGGCAGAGUGACUAACCUCAGAGUGACAAACGCAAACAGUCGCAGAAUUCGAAUUGCCUGGACAGGUGUUUCUGGGGCAACAGGGUACACAGUUACUUGGAGACAAGGCAACAGUGCGGAGCUGUCCCGUGUUCUUGGGGCGGAAGCUACGACUUUCACUAUAGACAGCCUGCAACCAGAUGAGGCGCUGGUAAUUGGUGUUGCGGCUGUGGUUGAUCAGCGCGUUGGAGAGGUGGUCACACUGUCUACUCGGACUAAUCCCAACGGUGGAUCAGUGUCUGGCCUACGCAUCAUUGACGUCACAUCUCAGAGGAUACGCAUUGCAUGGUCACCUUCCACUAGGGCAACUGGCUAUAAGAUCACUUGGCGCCGUGAUGAUGGAUUUGAAACAACUCGUACCGUGGCUGGCGACGUGUCUUCCUUCACCAUUGAUGGACUACAGUCAGAUUCAGCCUACACUGUGUUAGUUUCUUUACUGAGUGGCUCUCGAGAGGGAAGUCCUUCCACCCUGAGUAUCAGAACAGGGUCAGACCAGUCUGUGGUCGGGACUGUGACGUCACUGCAAGUCCAGGAGACCCGUGGAGAGGUUGUCCGAGUCACUUGGGUUGGUGUGCAGGGAGCAACGGCUUAUCGCGUGUCUUGGAGGAGAACGGACGGUGGUGAAGAGAGGAGUCAGCUGGUGGGGGGAGAUGUGACAGCAGUGGAUUUAGACCGGCUGGACCCCGGAGCCCAGUACGAGGUGCAGGUCAUGGCUUUAGUUCAAAACAGAGAGGGAACCCCUGUGUCUGUUAGAGUCACCACACCUGUUGCCUUCACACCCCCUCCCUCACUACCCACCACAACUUUACGAGUGGCAGAGGUUACCCAGAAUUCUGUGCGGCUUGGCUGGAAUCCAGUAACAGGUGCCACAGGAUAUAUUCUACGCUGGAGAGAGGAGACAGAUCUUGGUCGAGGCUUGUCUGUUACGCUCCCCGCUGCGUCCAGCUCUUACCAGGUGACUGGGCUGCGUUUGGGCCGUCAAUAUCGCUUUACCGUGCAGCCCACAUUUGCAAGUGGAUUGGGAACAGAGAGCUCUGUAGAUGAACACACUGUGUGCGCUGGUGGGCGUCUGGAUGUGGUGUUUCUGGUGCCGGCAUCUACCGAUCGGAUUGGCCUAGCAAGACCUCUGCGCGAACUCCUCACAAGUGCAGCAAGGUCGCUCAAUACUAUCGGAGCCCGUGAUUCACAGAUGGGAGUUAUAGUAUAUGGUUACAGACCCAAAAUAUGGUUCCUGCUUAAUCGCCAUGGCAGGUCUGACACACUUCUUCAAGAGAUCCAGUCCACACCCUUUGAUGAAAGCCCCGGGAAUAACAUUGGUGAGGCUGUGACAUUCACCAGACAGUACGUUCUGACCCCCUCAGCUGGACGGAGACAGAGGGUCCCUGGAGCUGUUGUCAUCAUCACUGACAAAAAAUCAGCUGACAACCUCACUCUCACAGCCAGCAGUCUCAGGGCUACAGGUGUGACAGUGUUAGCAGUGGGUAUAGACCAGGCAGAUACUGAGGAGCUGCGUCGGGUGGUGACGGAUGGCAGCACCCAAAAUAUCCUGUAUACCCGUGAUGCAGUACAGUUGGACACCGUACAUGCCGAUCUGGCAGACUUGCUCUGUGGUAUUGCCAGAAUACCAGAGGUACAUCCAGGUCCAGACCAGUGUACCAUUCAGUGUCCUCGGGGUGAGAAGGGAGAUCGUGGAGAGAAGGGUGACAGCGGCAGAGAUGGUGCAGAUGGACGUAAGGGAGAGCCUGGUCGUGAUGGUUCGCCUGGGAGGGAAGGCCCCAGAGGACCUGAAGGACGCCCAGGUGCGCCAGGCCAAACUGUCCCUUUUGACCCCUCAGCGAGGGUGAAAGGAGAAAAGGGGGAGAGAGGUUUUCCUGGCAUUGAUGGAAGUCCAGGGUUGCCGGGCCGACCAGGUUCCCCUGGAAAUGCAGGGGUACCGGGUUCACAGGGCCUACCUGGUAUCAGAGGAGACCCAGGUGAACCAGGUGGGACAGGUCCACAAGGACCAAAGGGUGGUAAAGGUGAAAGGGGUGAACCAGGCUCAAGUAUAUCUGGAGGGGGUCUUCCAGGGCGGAAGGGAGAGCCAGGCAUCCCUGGAAUACCGGGUACUCCGGGUCGGCCAGGCAGCGAUGGGGCCAAAGGUGCCCUUGGAGUUCCAGGGACACCGGGUCAGGAUGGUCGUCCAGGUUUACCAGGAACACCAGGACUGUCCAUCAAGGGAGACAAGGGCAGCUCGGGAGAGAGGGGACCUCCAGGAGUUGGCUUGAAGGGCGAGAAGGGCUCCCCAAGUAUUUCAGGACCUCCAGGGGCUCAGGGUCCUAGAGGGCCAGCAGGACCACAGGGCAGCAAAGGAGACAAGGGCGACAGUGCUGAUGGGCUGCCCGGACCUCCAGGCAGGCAAGGAGAGCCUGGGGACAGGGGUUCCCGUGGGCCUCCAGGAGAAAUUGGCAGCAAGGGUGACCGAGGACAGCCGGGUGAGCCUGGAUCACAGGGAGACAGGGGGGAGAGAGGACCGGCUGGUGAAACUGGGGAGAAAGGGGACCCAGGGAGGCCGGGCCUCGCAGGAACACCAGGUUUGAGAGGUUUACCAGGGCCCAGUGGACCAGCAGGAGAAAAGGGAAACGAAGGUGCACGAGGGGAGCCCGGCAGAAGUGCUCCAGGUUUUCCAGGGAAGAAAGGGGAAAUGGGGGAGCGAGGCCUGGCUGGUCCCGAGGGCCCGAGGGGUGAAAAAGGAGAGCUGGGACAGAAAGGAGAGAAAGGGUCUCCAGGGUCAGGAGGAUCAAGUGUUGCUGGACCUAAAGGAGAGCCGGGAGAGAGAGGACUUGCUGGUAUCAGUGGAAGGCCGGGUGUCAAGGGAGAUCCAGGUGAACCAGGAGAGAGGGGGGAGAAUGGGCGGCCAGGAAUCCCAGGAAAGCCUGGUCUUGCUGGGAAAGAGGGAGGGAGAGGAGAGAAGGGUGAUGAAGGCACACCUGGGGAGUCUGGACUUCCAGGGAAGCCAGGAGAAAGAGGACUGAGGGGACUGCCUGGUCAACCAGGACGGCCAGGAGAGAAAGGAGACAUGGGAGACCCAGGAGAGCACGGACGAAAUGGCAGCCCUGGACCUGCAGGACAGAGAGGAGAGAAAGGAGAACUGGGUCCACAAGGGCCUCCAGGACCACCGGGAAAAAUGGCGGACAUCCAGGGCCAGCUAAAAGGAGAGAGAGGAGAGAAGGGCGACGGUGGCAACCCUGGAGAGCCUGGCAGCAAAGGUCAGAAAGGCGAAGCAGGGACUCCCGGAGCCCCAGGCCUACGAGGUUCUGAGGGACAACGGGGGCCCGCAGGCACAAGAGGUGACGCAGGAGAAAGAGGAGCGCCUGGAGAGAAGGGAGAAAGGGGAGCAUCCGGGUUAGAUGGACGUCCCGGUCUUGAUGGUAAACCAGGUGCUUCUGGACCACCUGGUCAGAGGGGAGAUCCUGGGAAACAGGGAGAUCCUGGGAGAGAUGGUUUAGCAGGACUUAGAGGGGAACAGGGCCCCCCAGGGCCUGUUGGGCCCCCAGGCACUCCAGGGACACCUGGUAAAGCAGGUGAAGAUGGCAAAACUGGGCCUCCUGGAAAAAUGGGUGAGGAUGGUGUGCCAGGUGAAGAUGGGAGAAAGGGUGACAAAGGAGAAGCGGGAGCAGCUGGAAGAGAUGGCCGUGAUGGACUGAAAGGAGACCGGGGCCUUGCUGGGCCUGUAGGACCCUCUGGCCCGCCGGGGCCUCCUGGAGUACCUGGCAACAUUGGUCCUCCUGGACAGGUUGUGUAUGUUAAAGGAGCUGAAGCGGCACCAGUCCCAGGCCCGCAGGGGCCUCCAGGAACCCCUGGCGUACCUGGGAUCCCAGGCCCUGUGGGAGCCCGAGGGGAUAGAGGUCCACCGGGCGUUAAAGGUGACGCUGGAGACCCAGGAGAGGACGGGGCGCCGGGCAAACCUGGGACAGCAGGGGAUGUACAGAGGGCUCUGGCCAGCUUUGGCAUUCAGGUGUCUGAUCUGAAGGUGGUUGUGGACAGGAAGGACACACUACAGGUUCCUACAGUGGCGAAGGCAGAGAAAGGUGAAAAAGGAGACAGGGGUGAACCUGGACCAAGAGGACCAUCUGCUGCAGAUGGUCCUCGUGGUUUUCCAGGAGAGAGAGGAGCAAAAGGGGACCAAGGGGAGCGAGGACCCGUGGGAGCAACUGGGCCUACAGGUAGAGCCAUUGGAGAGCGAGGGCCAGAGGGACCCCCAGGGCCUGCUGGAGAGCCAGGCAAACCAGGAAUACCGGGAGUUCCUGGGCGAGCUGGGGAACUGGGGGAGGCUGGAAGACCAGGGGAUAAGGGGGUGAGAGGAGAGAAAGGUGACAAAGGAGAAUCUGGCAAAAUCGGGAUAACAGGACCAGCCGGUCCACCAGGUCAAAAGGGAGAAUCUGCUGACUCAUUACUGAUUGGUACACCUGGGGUCCAAGGCCCUCCAGGACUUGCAGGACAGAAGGGAGAGCCUGGUGUUGCAGGAGCACCGGGACCUAAAGGAGACCGGGGUUUUGAGGGACCUCGUGGUGAUAAAGGAGACAGGGGAGAGUCUGGAGAAAGAGGACGUGAUGGCUCGCAGGGAACACCAGGAGAACCAGGAAAACCUGGUCAGGAUGGGAAACCGGGCCCACGAGGGCCCGCUAGUCCUCAAGGCCAACCAGGAAACCCAGGAGAGCCUGGUAUAAGGGGGCCAACUGGCCCCAUGGGUCCCAACGGUCUUCCAGGUCCACCAGGUGUGAAGGGUAAUCAAGGACAGCCAGGUGUUGGUGUCCAGGGUCCUCCCGGUGCCCAAGGGAGCACAGGUCUGCCAGGACCAUCAGGUCCUCCAGGAGCUGUAGGUCCACAGGGUCCCCCAGGACUGUCAGGGCAGGUGGGUGAAGCAGGUAAACCAGGAGUCCCUGGAAGAGAUGGGGUGCCUGGCAAAGAAGGAAUACCUGGGUUACCAGGAAAGCAGGGUAUUCCUGGACCUCCAGGCCAGUCCGGCUUAAAGGGGGAGCAGGGAGACAGCGGUCCUCCAGGGAAGGCUGUGGCUGGACCCCCUGGACCCAAAGGAGAGAGGGGUCUUCCUGGUCAAACACUGCCAGGCACAGCUGGAGAACGAGGUGUAUCUGGAGAAAAGGGUGACAGGGGAGACAAAGGUGCUGCUGGCAUAAAAGGAGAGAGAGGAGUGGCUGGUGAAUCAGGAGAGCCUGGAGAAGAUGGGGCACAGGGAUCUCCUGGGCCAAAAGGAGAUAAGGGAGAGAAGGGCAUAGGACUGGCAGGUCCUACUGGUCGGGUUGGGCCUCAAGGUUUAAAGGGAGAUCCAGGCCAUCCUGGUCCAGCUGGUCCUCCAGGACUACAGGGGAAGUCAGGUGACGCUGGGCAGCCUGGCCUGAGAGGAGAAACUGGACAACCAGGACCUCCUGGACCACAAGGGGAGAGGGGUCUCCAGGGCUUUGCAGGCCGUGCAGGAAAUGUCGGACCCCCAGGUCCACCUGGACCUCUUGGACAGGCUGGCUCACCUGGUACCAACGGGGUCAAAGGGGACAAGGGGGAAGUUGGCGUUGGAGUCCCCGGUCCCAGAGGAGAGAGAGGAGAUCCAGGGACCAGAGGAGAGGAGGGUCGCGCUGGCUUGGAUGGGGAGAGAGGGCCAACGGGUCCCCCAGGGAUUCGUGGUGCUCGGGGAGAGAAGGGAGAUAUCGGGCUGCAAGGUGACAAAGGAGAGAAGGGGGACACUGUGCUGGUGGGAGGACCUCCUGGAGAAAAGGGCAACAAAGGAGAAACAGGUGACAGGGGACCCAAAGGUGUUCAGGGAGAAAAAGGGGUGAAGGGUCAAGAGGGUCCCACAGGGGAGCAGGGUCUGAGGGGAGAACCGGGAGAAAGAGGAUCCACUGGAUUCCCAGGUGCCCGUGGCCCCGGUGGACAGAAGGGAGAAGCCGGCCAACCUGGAGUUCCUGGUGAAUCGGGUUUACCAGGUAAAGAUGGGAUGCUAGGGCGUAAGGGUGAGAAGGGAGAGAUCGGUAUCCUAGGAAUGAGAGGAAUAAAGGGUGACCGAGGACCCAAGGGGGCUUGUGGAGGUGAUGGACCCAAAGGAGAGAAGGGAGAUGCUGGUAUUCAUGGACGAUCAGGUCUACCAGGAAGAAAAGGUGAACAGGGGGAACUUGGACCUUCUGGGGCCCCAGGGACCCCCGGAAAAGAGGGACUAGUCGGUCCCAAGGGUGACCGUGGUUUUGACGGGCUUGCAGGACCCAAAGGGGCUCAGGGAGAGAAAGGUGAAAGGGGUCCGCCUGGGGUCCCUGGUCCUCCUGGUCCCAGAGGAGUGGAUGGGGCCCCGGGCCUGACUGGCCUUCAGGGGCCAGCUGGUGCUAAAGGCCCAGAGGGGCUGCAGGGACAGAAGGGGGAGAGAGGUCCGAAUGGUCCCGCCACGGUGGGUCCACGUGGUAUCCCAGGUAUCCCGGGGGAGCGAGGAGAGCCGGGAGAGAUGGGCCCAGAUGGAGCCAAGGGAGACAGAGGAGAGCCAGGCAUGACGGAGGAUGAGGUCAGAGAGUACGUUCGCACAGAGAUGAGUCAGCACUGUGCGUGCGGAGGUUCAGGCCCAGUAAGUCGGUCCCAGCCCGAGGUCAGGGCUCGGCCUGCACCAGAGCAACAACUGGCCCUGAAGGGUGAGGAGGGCCGUGAGCUGCGUGUGGUGGUGAACACCAACGACCCGGACUAUGAGCACAUCUACUCUAUCGAGGCCUACGACGACCCCUUGGACGAGCUGCUCUACUUCACUCCCUCUGCCAACCAGAGUGAUGGUGAGGCUGUCAAAGAUGAAACUGACAAAACAGUCAAAGUUGAACCAAACAAAUCAGCCAGUGCUGAUGUUAAGAAAACAGCAACAGUUGCUGGUCAGAAAGCAGUCAAAGUUACACCUCUGAAAGCAGUCAAGCCCAAAUCAGUCAGGUCCAAGAGGAGAGUCGAAUGGGAAGCUCCAGCAGAGCUGUGCCUGCUGCCCAUGGAGGAGGGGAGCUGUGGACGAUACACUCUGCGCUGGUACUUUAACAGUCAGGUUCAGGCCUGCAGGCCCUUCAUCUACAGCGGCUGUGAAGGAAACGACAACCGCUUCCUUCACCUGGAGGAGUGUGAGGAGGUCUGCCUUGGGGAGGCCGAAGGUCCUCGUCCCUUGAAGACAGCACGAUGAUUGUGGCCUCCUCAGCCAUAUUGCUUUUAUAGAUCAUUAUUUUGUCAACUGUCAAUGGUCAAGAUUUUUUUUUUGUUUAUUUAUUGUUUCUGUAAACCCAA